AUGCAUAAGCAUGCAAGUUUGUUGUUUUCUCUAGUUGGUAUCUGUGUUUUGUUGCAUGGCAUUGAUGGUGCGUGGAUAGAAGAACCAGGUUCAAUGAUAUUGGGUUGUGGUUUGGAUGAAGGAGGAGCCAAAGAUAAUGAUGGAAGACAAUGGAGUCCUGAUAAUAAGUUUUUGGCACCAGACAAUGGUUCAAUCAUGUCUAAAGCCGCAUACCAAGAACCUUCCCUCUCCUCUUUGGUUCCAUACAUGACAGCUAGAGUUUUCACAUCAGAAACAACGUACAAAUUUAAUAUUCAACACGAUAAACGUUAUUGGAUCAGGCUCCAUUUUUACCCGUCUGUUUAUGGCAGUUUCAACCCUUCUGAUUCAUAUUUCUCUGUGGCUGCUAAUGGGAUUACCCUCCUCAGCAAUUUCAGUGCUUACAUCACUUGUGAAGCCCUCUCACAGGCUUACAUUGACAGAGAGUAUUCCCUUGCUCCUUUGAAUUCGGAUACUUUGACUCUUACAUUUAAACCUUCUGACAAGCAAAAAGGUGCUUUUGCAUUCGUCAAUGGCAUUCAAUUGAUCCCGAUUCCUGAAUUGUUUGACUCAGCUGCAUUGGUAGGGUAUGUUGACCAAAAAGUAGAAGUCAAAAGCAUGAGUUUGCAAACCAUGUUUAGAUUAAACGUUGGGGGGCAGUAUGUAUCUCCAGCCCAAGAUUCUGGCCUUUCUAGGAUGUGGUACGACGACACACCUUACCUGUAUGGUGCAUCCACAGGUGUCACCAACAAAGCUACCAAGGAUGUUCGAAUCAACUAUCAAACCAUGCCACAAUACAUUGCUCCUGAAACUGUCUACUCAACAUCAAGAUCAAUGGGAAAUGAUAAGGACGCAAACAUAGGAUACAACCUCACGUGGGUUUUCCAAGUUGAUCCAAAUUCAAUGUACCUCGUGAGGUUGCAUUUCUGUGAAUAUUAUUAUUCCAAGGUGAACGAGAUUGUUUUCAAUAUACUUAUCAACAACCAAACGGCAGAGUCUCAAGCUGAUGUUAUUGGGUGGACAGGCGGUAAAGGUGUGCCAACUUAUAAGGACUAUGUGAUAUAUGUCCAAGACGGGGAGGGGGAUGAAAAACUUUGGCUUGCACUGCAGCCAGCACUUGAGACAAAGCCAGAGUUCUAUGAUGCCAUACUCAAUGGGGUGGAGAUAUUCAAGCUCAAUGACACAGACUUGUCUGGCCCCAACCCUCAGCCUUCAGACAUGCUCCUAGAAGAUCAAGCAGAGGAAAGAGGUUUCCGAACACACGAAACAUAUAACAGGAAAGCCGUAAUUGGUGGAGCUGCUGGAGGUGCUGCAGGUUUUGCCUUUAUGGCUGCAAUCUGCAUUACUGUCUUCAACAAGAAGAAGAGAGUUCCUGGGUCAUCCACAAACACAAGCUGGCUUCCCAUAUAUGGAAACUCACAUACAAAUGAUAGUAAAUCAACGUCUGGGAAGAGCAUUGCUAGUGCAAACCUCGCUGCCAUGGCUCAAGGUCUGUGUCGAUAUUUUUCCUUACAAGAGAUAAAGCAAGCAACCAAAAAUUUUGAUGAGUCCCAGGUUAUUGGGGUUGGUGGAUUUGGAAAGGUUUACAAAGGUGUCAUUGAUAAUGGAACGUUAGUGGCAAUUAAGAGGUCAAAUCCACAAUCAGAACAAGGAGUCAAUGAGUUCCAGACGGAGAUUGAGAUGCUUUCUAAGUUGAGACACAAGCAUUUGGUGUCCUUAAUUGGAUUUUGUGAGGAAGAUAAUGAGAUGUGUUUGGUUUAUGACUACAUGGAUCUAGGAACCUUUAGGGAACAUUUGUAUAAGGGCAUCAAGCCUUUAAAUGUUCUAACAUGGAAGCAAAGAUUGGAGAUUUGCAUUGGAGCUGCAAGAGGACUUCACUACCUUCACACAGGGGCCAAGUACACCAUCAUUCAUAGAGAUGUCAAAACAACAAAUAUUCUCUUGGAUAAUAACUGGAAUGCCAAGGUAUCAGAUUUUGGAUUGUCAAAAACUGGUCCAGAGAUGAACGCUGGCCAUGUUAGUACUGUGGUGAAAGGUAGUUUUGGCUACUUGGAUCCUGAGUACUUCAGGAGGCAACAAUUGACUGAAAAAUCUGAUGUCUACUCAUUUGGGGUUGUCCUGUUUGAGGCUCUAUGUGCCAGGCCUGUUCUGAAUACUAAUCUUCCAAAGGAACAAGUUAGUCUUGCAGAAUGGGCUUUGCUCUGCAAUAAAAAAGGAACAAUAGAUGAUAUCAUUGACCCCCAUCUCAAGGGAACAAUAAAUCCAGAAAGCUUGAAGAAGUUUGUGGACGCAGCUGAAAAGUGUUUGUCUGAUCACGGAACUGAUCGUCCCUCCAUGAAUGAUUUGUUGUGGAAUCUAGAAUUUGCUCUCAACCUGCAAGAAAACAAGGAUGGCUCAACUCACUCUUCAGCUCGAGUUGAUGAAAGUGAGUUUGAAGAAAUUAACUUAGAAGACAACAUGGCAAACCAUUAUAAAAACCUGAGCCUUGGAAGUCAGUGUGACCUUAGCCAAGAUUCUGAUUCCGGUGACAGUCCGACUGAAAUCUUCUCACAACUUGUUAAUUCAAAAGGGAGAUGA